GCAAUAUUAUGAGUUGAAAGGCCUUUUUACGCAAAAUCCUCUAAAAACUUCGAAGACCGGCGAGAGGGGUUUGUUCAAAAAGUUAAGAGUCCUCUUCCUCAAAAUCUUCUUAAUAUUCGAGCUUUUGACGACGUGGGUUUUGCUCUAUUCAUUCAGGUGGUGAUGAUGAUCGAAGCUUGAUUUUUGAUCUUGAUUGAUUUGUGAAAGAUGGUGUUAGUUCUAGCAUUAGGUGAUCUUCACAUCCCUCAUAGGGCAGCUGAUCUGCCUGCCAAGUUUAAGUCAAUGCUCGUCCCCGGAAAGAUUCAACACAUAAUUUGUACUGGAAAUCUAUGCAUUAAGGAAAUUCAUGACUACUUGAAGGGCCUUUGUCCUGAUUUGCACAUUACUCGGGGGGAAUACGAUGAGGAUGUCCGUUAUCCAGAGACCAAGACUCUUUCCAUUGGUCAGUUCAAGCUUGGGCUAUGUCAUGGUCACCAGGUUGUUCCAUGGGGUGACUUGGAUUCAUUAGCCAUGCUUCAGAGGCAAUUGGAUGUCGAUAUUCUUGUAACAGGGCACAGUCACCAAUUCAAGGCCUACAAGCACGAGGGAGGUGUCGUCAUCAACCCCGGGUCAGCAACUGGUGCCUACAGCAGCAUCACCUACGAUGUUAACCCAAGUUUUGUGCUUAUGGACAUUGAUGCUCUUCGAGUGGUGGUGUAUGUCUAUGAACUCAUCGAUGGAGAAGUGAAGGUUGACAAGAUCGAUUUUAAGAAGACAGCAACUGCACAGUCUGCUCACUGAGUUCUUCAACGUUUGUGAUUCCUCAAGUGUUUCUUGAUUUUGGUUUUUGUUAUGCUAGUUAAGUUGGAAUAGAAACUGCACAAGACUUUGAUUAGCUGUCUACGUUCACUGCAAAAAUUUAGUAUCUCUUUCCUGGUUUAAGCAAAUAACUUCUGUGUCAAAUGUCUCAGGUUUUCUACAUGAGUUUUUGACUCUAUUGAUUCACUCUUGUAAUUUUGGUUAUUUUCUGUAUUAUGAUUUGGAAAUAAUUUUAUAUUUAUUUGCUA